AUGGGUAACAUAGUGAACGAGUUGAAUCUAGAGGAGCCACAAGAACAUUCACGCUGUGCCCCUGUACCUGGCGGUCUUUCCAAUGGUCCCGAAGCAAUGGAAGUAGAUGGUCUCCAGGAAGUCCCCCUCUGUAGCUGUCGAAUGGAAACCCCCAAAAGCAGAGAGAUCACCACGUUAGCCAACAACCAGUGCAUGGCCACGGAGAGUGUGGAUAACGAGCUGGGCCGAUGCACAAACAGUGUGGUUAAGUAUGAACUGAUGCGCCCGUCUAACAAAGUCCAGCUUUUGGUGCUGUGUGAGGACCAUAGAGGGAGGAUGGUGAAACACCAGUGUUGCCCUGGCUGUGGAUACUUUUGCACUGCAGGCACUUUCAUGGAGUGUCAGCCGGAGAGCAGCAUCUCCCACCGUUUCCACAAGAGCUGUGCCUCCCAGGUCAACGACACGAGCUACUGCCCACACUGCGGGGAGGAGGCCUCCAAGGCAAAGGAGGUGACAAUAGCAAAAGCUGACACAACCUCGACGGUGUCGCUGACCUACGAGCAGCAGAAACCUGCGGCUGUGGAGGGGAGGGCCGACACCACGACGGGGAGUGGCACUGGGACGCGAUUGUCAGAGGAAGACAAGCCAGAAAGUUCGGCUGCUGAGGGGUUUGACGUGGCCGGGUCUUCAGUUUUUCCAAAGCCUACUACUAGCCUGACCCAGGGACCAGUUAAAGAAACUCUGGAAAGUGCCCUGAUUGCCCUGGACUCUGAAAAACCCAAGAAGUUACGGUUCCAUCCAAAGCAGUUGUACUUCUCCGCGAGGCAAGGAGAGCUGCAGAAAGUCCUGCUUAUGCUGGUGGAUGGAAUUGACCCUAAUUUUAAAAUGGAGCAUCAGAGUAAGAGAACCCCUCUCCAUGCUGCCGCCGAGUCUGGCCACGUGGACAUCUGCCAUAUGCUGAUUCAGGCUGGUGCUAAUAUAGACACCUGCUCUGAAGACCAGAGGACCCCACUGAUGGAAGCAGCAGAAAACAACCAUCUGGAAACUGUGAAAUACCUUAUCAAGGCUGGAGCACUGGUAGAUCCUAAGGACGCGGAGGGCUCCACGUGUCUGCACUUGGCUGCCAAGAAGGGGCACUACGACGUUGUUCAGUACCUCCUCUCCAACGGGAAGAUGGAUGUCAACUGCCAGGACGACGGAGGCUGGACGCCAAUGAUCUGGGCCACUGAGUACAAGCAUAUUGAGCUGGUGAAGCUGCUGCUUGCAAAGGGAUCAGACAUCAACAUCCGUGACAAUGAGGAAAAUAUUUGUUUGCAUUGGGCUGCUUUUUCUGGCUGCGUUGACAUAGCGGAGAUCCUGCUGGCUGCUAAGUGCGAUUUACAUGCGGUGAACAUUCACGGGGACCCCGCCACUUCUCUCCCGUCCACUGAGUUUCAAGCCUGCCUGAAUCUCUUUCUUUCCCGUGGCUCGGAUGUCACUUUAAAGAACAAGGAAGGCGAGACUCCACUCCAGUGCUCCAGCCUUAACUCUCAGGUCUGGGUAGCCCUACAGAUGAACAAGACUCUCAAAGAAUCAUCUCCUGACAAGCCUGCCCAGAUCGAGAAGGUCGUGAGCAGAGACAUCGCCCGGGGUUAUGAGCGGAUCCCGAUUCCCUGCGUCAAUUCGGUGGACAGCGAGCCCUGUCCUAGCAACUACAAAUACGUUUCACAGAACUGCGUCACCUCCCCGAUGGACAUCGAUAGAAACAUCACUCACCUACAGUAUUGCGUGUGUAUAGACGACUGCUCCUCCAGUAACUGCAUGUGUGGCCAACUCAGUAUGCGCUGCUGGUAUGACAAGGACGGCCGACUCCUGCCUGAAUUCAACAUGGCCGAGCCACCGCUCAUCUUUGAGUGUAACCACGCGUGCUCGUGCUGGCGAACCUGUAGGAACCGGGUGGUGCAGAAUGGGCUCAGGUGA